UAACCGAUUCUUAUAUUGAUAUCGGUAUAUCAUUUACCGAUUGGUAAUCUGGCAGUUUGAUCACCUUUUCACCAUUACUCCUCCCUCCACCAACCCCUCCACCAUUACUCCUCCCUCCAACAACCCCCCACCAGCCCCCCAUAACUCGCCCAAACUACCUUAUUCUACCAUUACUCCACUCCUCCCUCACAUUUCACCUUCCCACCACCACCACCAUCUCCACAUUUCCACCACCACCACCACCACCACCAAGGGAAAGCUUUUAACUUCUGGUAAGUGGUGUUAGCUUUGGUACUUUAUUUAUAGUUAGUUUAAGUAGUUAGUUGUUAGUUUAAGUAGUUAGUUUAGUUAGUUAAGUUGGUAAUUUAGGCUGCUGAAUCGUGAAUCGAAUCGGUAAAUGAAUUGCCGUUAAUGUAUCGGAUUAUGAUUUACCGUUAUUAUACCGGAAUUUGAUUUACCGUUAUAGGGUCGGUUAUUGAUUUACCGUUUUUGUUCCAGGGAUGACAGAGUCCUUUUUCUUUGGUGAAUCACAAUUGAUACAUGCUGCUGGAUUGGAAAAUGAUAAUCCAGAGGAGCAACCAUCACUAGCUGAACCUCCGAUUAUAUCUAUAGAUGUCUCUCAUUUGUAUCAUACUGAUCAGCGUUUCCCUUUGAAAGAUGAUCUUAUGAAAUGGGUUCGCGACAUUUCUAUGGCAAAUAAUUUUGUUUUGGUGACAACAAAGUCUGAUAGUGGUGCGAAGGGAAGAAAAGAAUAUGUCAUUCUGGGGUGUGAGAAGCAUGGUGCGUAUAUUCCCUACAGAGAACCGGAUCUUGUUGAAGGAACGUCAACACAAAAGACAGGUUGUCCUUUUAGGCUAAAAGGACGACGUACGAAAGAUGAUAAAGGUUGGUGGUUGAAGGUGAUGGACGGUAGACACAUCCAUCUCGCAGCUGAGUCACUAGUUGGCCACAAUUACGCUGGUAGACUGACGGAUGGAGCCGGGGUAGCUAACGGAGCCUCGACCGGAGUAGCAGAUGGGGAUGGAGACGGAGCUGAAGCCUCUACCGCCUGAGUGGCUGCAAUAUGGUCGCCGCGCCUGGUAGAAGCAUGCAAGCGCUCGUGUCGAUCCGCUGGAUCCUCACUAGUAGAAGCAUGUAGUGACCUCUUCCUCCCGCCCUUCAUUCUCGCUAUCUGUGCAAAACAAACAAAUUUAACAAUACUUGUCAUAAUAAGUAAAGCAUUUUCACAUAUGAGCAUAUCAUUUGAGUCAUUUUUUAACUUAAUCAGGAAAUUUCCAAUCAAUCGUUUAGCA